UCAUCAUUACCAUUACAAAUUUCCGUGACCUAACCUACUCCUAGUUUCUCCUUUAAUCCUCUUUCAGGUCUCUAAUCCAUUUGCUAAUUCUUCGAUUUGAGAAGAAAAAAACGAAAGAUGAAGGGGAAUACUGGAAAUCCACUUGCUUUGACAUCCCUGAAUCAUAUCUCCCUUGUUUGCAGAUCAGUUGAAAAAUCCAUUGAAUUUUACAAGAAUGUUCUUGGUUUUGUGCCUGUAAGGAGGCCUGGAUCAUUCAAUUUCAAUGGCGCUUGGCUGUUUAGCUACGGAAUUGGGAUUCAUCUUCUUCAAUCGGAAGAUCCUGAGGAAAUGCAAAAGAAAACUGAAAUCAAUCCCAAAGACAACCAUAUCUCUUUCCAGUGUGAGAGCAUAGAUGCAGUGGAGAAGAAGCUGACAGAAAUGGGGAUAAAAUACGCGAGGCAUCUGGUUGAAGAAGGAGGAAUAUAUGUUGAUCAAUUGUUUUUCCAUGAUCCAGAUGGAUUCAUGGUUGAGAUUUGUAACUGCGACAACUUGCCAGUGAUUCCCCUGGCUGGCGAAAUGGCUCGAUCAUGCUCAAGGGCUAAUAUUCAAUUGCUUCAACCUCAGCAAACACAGAAACAAUCCGCUGUAGUACAAGUCCCAGUGAUCAAGCCUUAAAAAGGAGUGUAAUGCAUGUUUCAGUGUUCAAAUACUUUGUUAUCUUGUUCAUGUUUAGGAGAAUCAAGAAUGAUUGAUUGAUUACCUGAAAGAUGUUUGUUACUAGUACUAUUUGUUAUUUAGUGAGUGUUCUAUGUAUUUGGGUCUCUUCUUUUCUUAGGUUGUUGGUAAUAAGACAAAUUGCCAAUUGUCCAGAUUUGAA